UUCAUAAAAAAAUAAAUAAUUUAAAUACCUAAAUGAGUAAAUCGAAUUCGAGAGUUGGUGUAGGAAUUCACAUAUGGAAAUAGCUAUCUUCUCUCCAUCAUCACUCUUCUUCGAGGAAGAUGAUGAUGAUAAUGAUAAUCACAUUCAUACAAGUGUUGAGGAAAACGCAGAGACUCAAGAAACCUAUGUUGAGAGGAAGCACCAGUUUCCUGGAAUGGAGUUGAUAAUCCGAGAGUUUUCCUUUCAUCAACUAAAUGCUAAUUUGCUCUGGCCAGGAACUUUUGCAUUUGCAGAAUGGUUAGUUCAGCACAGAUCAUGCAUUGAAGGACGGCGUAUCAUUGAGUUGGGGAGUGGCACGGGUGCUUUGGCGAUAUUUCUUCGAAAAUCAUAUAAUCUUGAUAUUACAACCUCAGACUAUGAUGACCAAGAAAUAAUGGAGAACAUAGCUCACAACUGCAGUGCAAAUGAUUUACCUGUCAUUCCUCAUAUAAAACACACUUGGGGAGACAAGUUUCCAAAUUCUGACCCUGAUUGGGACCUUAUCAUUGCGAGUGACAUCUUAUUGUAUGUGAAACAGUAUCCAAAUUUGAUACAGACCAUUUCAUUUCUUCUCAAGAGUUACAAGCACAGCGACAAGACUAAAGUUUCUCCAAUUAGGAAUGAUGAGACACAUGGAGAUGUAGUGUUGCCUUGGCCAGCUUUCCUGAUGAGCUGGAGGCGUAGAAUCGGAAAGGAAGAUGAAUCGAUUUUCUUCGGUGGUUGUGAGAAAGUUGGUCUAGAAGUGAAACAUAUCGGAUCUCGUGUAUAUUGCAUCAGUCUCAUUGGAAAUGAGAAAUCAAACUAAUGCUUGAUGAAAGAAGAUAGUGUUCAAGCUUCAUCAGGAGGAAAAUGAAGUGAAAAUUUGAAGUUUGGUCUAUUAACAAAGUUUCUUAAGGGUCAUUGUUAGUUUAAUUUGCUUCAACUAGUAACUGAUAGUAAUCAUAUAACCAUUAUGAAAUUUUCCAUCAAGUUUAAUAUGAUUAACCUUUGUGCUUUGGUAGACAAAAUAAUCAUAAGCUUAUAGAUAGACUAUUUUUUUUUCAGUUAAAGAUUACUGGACUUGAACCGUGAACUUCCAACUCCUUAAUCCUUACAUUAAGUUACUGCAAUCUCCAUCUAUUUCUAUAUACAUGUUUUUUAAGGUUAACCACAUUUAAUAUUCCAAUAGGCAGAGCCUUAAGUCUAUCUUAGACUUGUUGGCUCAAUGAAGAAGAAUUUACUAUACUGCAUUAUGAA